AGCAUGUUGUUUGGCUGUUUUUAUUCCAUGUAGUGUCAUAUAUCAGCACUAGAUAAAACAAAUCGUGAUAGCUCUUUUAAAUCGAAGAAAAGAAAGAAAAUCUGUGCAUUUAGAUAAUAAUGUAAAUAUAGUUAACCCUAAAGAUUAAAAUGCUUUUUUUUUUUUUAAAUUUGCAAUGAUGUCUAUUCUAAUGUAAAAUUAUAAUAUGAUGUUUGUAAUUAAAAAGGGAACGAAAGAAAGAAAGAAAGAAAGAAAGAAAGAAAGAAAGAAAGAAAGAAAGAAAGAAAGAACACAGUAAAGAAUAUAAAGUCAAGUGCAAAGCAGGAUGUUGUUUGGCUGUUUUUAGUUCAUGUAGUGUCAUAUAUCAGCGUCAGAUAAAAACAAAUCGUGAUAGCUUUUGUAAACCGCUUGCAUAAUUAAUAUUUCAAUAGCACUUCAAGAAUAACUGUAUUAAUAUAAAUAAAAUAACUAAUUUCUCAAACAUUAGGAGACUGCUAUACUUCCCCUCUAAGCAACAUAUUUAUCCCACAUGUACAAAAAUUUUAAUUUACUGAUUCAGGUUGCGACAGUCACAUAUUUAAUGUAAUCAGCGGGUGAAUGAAGGAGAUGUAAUAUUGAGUAAAGAGGCUAAGUGGCGCUAACGUCAGGAACUCCUUCAGCCAAUCAGAAGCCGAGCUACUAAUGCGUGCAACCUCAAAACUUCACACUUCCGGUGUAGGAUUUACAUUCAGUCCGUGAAGCCCCGGUCUCAGCUGUAGAUGAUUAGUAAUCAUCAUUCUGUCCACGCCAGUCUCUGUAAGAUGUCCUGUGUAAAUACUGAUAUUAAAUGUUAAAUUUUUAAUAUAUUUCCACCCCAGUCGCGAGACCAUAUAGUCCAUUCGCGAGAGUCUGUGUUAGGGCACGAGCUUAACUGCCAGUGUUGGCAAAUGCGUAACAACAUGAGAAAGUUAACGUGUGGAUUAACUCUUGUUCGACAUGGGGAAACGCAGUACAACAAACUUGGCCUGCUACAAGGCCAGGCUAUCGACUCACCGUUGUCUGAGACCGGACUGCAGCAGGCGAAGGCUGCAGGACACUACCUCAAAGAUGUUAAAUUCAGCCAUGUCUUUGUCAGUGAUAUGUUGCGAGCCCAGGAGACUGCUGACACAAUAAUGAAACACAACAGUAGUUGUUUAGGUUUACAAAAGGCCAGUGAUCCUUUACUGAAAGAGAAGAGCUUUGGCAUAGCAGAGGGAAAGCGGAUGCUGGACUUGAAAGAGAUGGCCAAGGCAGCUGGUCAGUCGUUUCUAAACUUUACCCCUCCAGAAGGAGAGACCCAAGAGCAGGUGAAGGAGCGGGUCAAAGAGUUCAUGGAGAAAAUGCUCCAGCAGAUUGGGGAAGAACACUGGGAUGAUAACGGGGAAGAUGAAACUUCAAGAGAAACAAUUCCUGUGGAGGGAAACGCGGAUGAUGGGGUUAGGGGUGUCCUGGUCCAUGCCCUCGUGGUCACCCAUGGAGCCUAUAUGGUUGUCGCAGUGAAAUAUUUUGUGGAAGAGUUACAUUGUCCCUUACCUCAGGGUUUAGACCGAGCACGUAUGUUCUCUCUGAGUCCAAACACAGGUCUGUGUCGGUUUAUUCUGACUAUAACUAAAGAGGACGGCAGGUUUAAGUUGUCAGGGAUCCACUGUGUGUUCAUGCACAGAGGGGAUCAUGUUCAACAGGGAGAGUUUAAGUAGAUGUAGCAAGGACGUCACAAUAAACAGGUUUAGAUACAGAUGAAAACUGAAAGGUAUGGAUGAGAAAACUUGAAAAAUACAGGUUAUUUUAUUUAUACAGCACAUAUUUAUUUUUUCUUCUUAAUCUGAGUAAAUGCAUGGUGCACCCAUAAUAGUGUUCAUUAAAAUCACAGGAUGUUUUUCCCCAGUUCUCAGUAAAGAGUGGACCCUGUGAUUUAUUUGCACCGACAAAAUUACAGUUCCACGAAGAUACGGUUGAGAUUUCUGAAAACAGUGGCAACUCUAGACAAGCUCUCACAGGGAGGGGACCGUCAUCUCCCUCAACAUGUUACUGUACAUCAGGGGUAACAAAUGUACGGCCUGGAGUCCAAAACCAACCAGCCAAAGGGUCCAAUCCGGCCCAUGGAAUGAAUUUAUGAAAUGAAAAAAUUACAAUGAAGAUACUAAUAAUUGAGGCUGUCAAAAUCAUUUUAGUUCAUUUUGUCUCAAGUUUGUCAGACCAGUGAAGUACUGUCAUAAAAACCUAUAAAUAAUGACAACUCCAAGUUUUUCUAUUUGUUUUACUGUAAAAAUACAUGAAAAUGUUAACAU